AUGUUUAAACCACGGCUUUCCCUUGGCCCCCUCAGCGACGACUCGCAGAGCAGCAGCCGAAGGCUGUCAGCACCAGGUUUUGGGCAGUGGGUGGACACGGCACGACCAGAGCCAGCGGAGAGAGCGGAGAGGCAGCUGCGUCGCAAGGACACAAGCGAGCGCUUGCGGAUCAGCCCUGCUAAUCAGCGGGGCAAGCGGCAGCGCGCGGAGCGCCGUUCCAGCCCCGGAUUAGCCCUCAUCCGCUCGCCCGUGAGCAGCUCGCGGGCAAAUCCCCGGGAAGCGGCGGCCGGGACGCUCGGAUUGGUGGCCAGCGGAGCCGCGGGGCUGCGUGCGCAGCCCGGACGUACGGAGCAGCGACGCGAGACCCGCACGGGCGGAACCGGCCACGGGCCCCGUCCUGCGCCCCUCCGGACCGCCCCGAUCGCCGCCUGCCACCAGCAGUCUCCCGGCGGCGCCCGCGGCGGCCCCGCGGCGCCCGCGCUCAACAACAGCCGCGCGGGGCGGCACGUGCGGCGCCUCGAGUUCAACCAGGCCAUGGAGGACUUCAGCACCAUGUUCCCGCGCAUGGACUACGACAUCAUCGAGUGCGUGCUGCGCGCCAACCGCGGCGCCGUCGACGCCACCAUCGACCAGCUGCUGCAGAUGAGCCUGGACGGCGGCGACGCCGACGACAGCUCCGACUCGGAGGAGAGCAUCCCCGCCGAGAUCCUGGAGCGGACGUUGGAGCCGGACAGCUCGGACGAGGAGCCGCCCCCCGUGUACUCCCCGCCCGUGCGGGAGCCGCCGGGCAGCCGAGGCCCAUGUGCAGCACCCACCCCACCACCCAGGACAGAGGCGCCCGGCAGCACCCGGAGCCGCUACCGCAACUGGAACCCGCCGCUGCUGGGCGCGCUGCCCGACGACUUCCUGCGCAUCCCGGCCCGGCCGCCCGCUGGCGCACAGGGCUCUGGUGAGGGGCGGCCGGCGGCACCGCGCGGCCCCGGCGCCCUGGAGCAGGAGCGGCGCUGGAAGCAGUACCUGGAGGACGAGCGCAUCGCGCUCUUCCUGCAGAACGAGGAGUUCAUGAAGGAGCUGCAGCGCAACCGCGACUUCCUGCUGGCCCUGGAGCGGGACCGGCUCAAGUACGAGUCGAAAAAGUCCAAGUCGAGCAGCGAUUUUGGCGUCUCCUCCAUAAUAUCAGGUGACGCGGCCCCCGCGGGAAGCAGCGAGGCCGGCAGCGCCGUGUCUGACGAUGCCUUAUUCCGAGACAAGCUGAAGCACAUGGGGAAAUCAACGCGCAAGAAGCUCUUCGAGCUGGCCAGGGCCUUCUCCGAGAAGACCAAGAUGAGGAAGUCAAAAAGAAAACACCUGCUGAAGCACCAUGCGCUGGGGACAGCGGCCUCCACGGCCAAUCUCCUGGACGACGUGGAGGGCCACUCGUGCGGUAAGAGCGCCCGCGGGGCCGGGCGGCCGCGGCGCCGGCACCGCCCCUGA